CCGGGUGUCGGGGCCGCGGCGGCGGAGCUCUGUCGGGAGCCCUUCCCAAGGCCCCGCACCGAGAGGCUGGGAGGGAGAGCCGGGACCGCCGGCAAAGCCUCCCGGUCGCUCCUGCCGGCCAGGCCCCCUUCCGCGGAGCCGUGUCCCUGCAGGAGGCGGCGCUCCGACCCGUGCUGAGCGAGUUUGCAGAGAAGCUGAAACGCUGUAGUGUACCACUGAGCAGGACAAGUCAGGAAUGAGCCAGACUUGGGAAGGAGGACCUGCCAUCCUAGCUGGAGACAUCUGAAGAGAGGACAUUUCAGUCUUGUGGCAUGCUUCAGUAGAAAUUACUAAGAAAAAGAUGGCUGGCUGUGGUGAAAUAGAUCAUUCGAUCAACAUGCUUCCCACAAAUAGGAAAACAAAUGAGUCAUGUACCAAUUCAGCACCUUCCUUGCAAGUCCCUGAAUGUGCUAUCUGUCUGCAAACAUGUGUCCAUCCAGUGAGUCUGCCCUGUAAACAUGUUUUCUGCUAUCUGUGUGUUAAGGGCGCUUCUUGGCUUGGGAAACGAUGUGCACUCUGCCGGCAGGAGAUUCCUGAGGAUUUCCUUGACAAGCCAACCUUAUUGUCACCUGAAGAACUCAAAGCAGCAAGCAGAGGCAAUGGAGAAUAUGCUUGGUACUAUGAAGGUAGAAAUGGCUGGUGGCAGUAUGAUGAACGUACCAGCAGAGAGUUGGAAGAUGCCUUUUCCAAGGGUAAAAAGAGCACUGAAAUGCUAAUUGCUGGUUUUUUAUACGUGGCAGACCUUGAAAAUAUGGUUCAGUACAGGAGAAAUGAGCAUGGACGUCGCAGAAAAAUAAAACGGGACAUAAUAGAUAUACCAAAGAAGGGAGUGGCUGGGCUGAGGCUGGACUGUGACACCAACACUGUCAACCUGGCACGAGAGAGCUCCGCUGACGGCGCGGACAGCACACUGACUCCAGGGGCUGCAGCUGUGCAGCCUCUUGCAUCCAUUUCUGUGAGGCCCCUACCAGCACUAGAUGGUCAGCUCGUGAGCCCUUCGACGCCAUCACCUGAUGCAAGCAAUUCUCUAGAGAACUCUUUUGCCCAGUUGCAAAUAAAUGGAGACAGUAUGGCUGAAAGGAGUCACAGGGGAGAGGGAGAAGAAGACCACGAAUCAUCAUCCUCUGGUAGGGUGCCAGCCCCUGACACCUCUGUUGAGGAGACCGAAUCAGAUGCCAGCAGCGACAGCGAGGAUGUGUCUGCCCACCUUCAGCAACACCUGACCUCUGGUCAGCAGAGACACUUUAGUGCUGGUGCAAGCCAGGCAGGAGCAGAUAGACCAGGGGCAGGGGGUGGGGUGGCAAACACAAGUGUAAGAUCUAGAAGGCCAGAUGGACAGUGCACAGUCACUGAAGUUUAAAUCUAGAGCCAUGCGAAGAAAAAAUACUCAGUUGUAAUUUUCUGUAAAUUUUCUGUCCACAUUGGCAUUGCACUCAAACCUAGCAGCGUGUUUGGUGGGAGGGUGGGGUGAAGGGGAGAAAACAGAUUUGGCCUGUUUUAACUUAAGUCUUUUAACAUGUCUCAGCUGGAAGACUCUUUAACUCUAGGAAACUGGGUUGUUAAUGGUUUGAAAGCUGUUUAGCAAUGCCCAGUUUUCUUGAAAAUGUCUUGUGUUUAUUUUGUAGCAUUUUCCCCUUGAAGAUACUCUAUCCCUUUUUGGCCAAUGUAUAUCUACUGUACAACUUGAAUUGUCUUCAUUAUCUGACUGUUGCAUUAAGUGUCUUACUACUUUCUGCAUGGAUUGAUGUACGAAAAGAACACUAAAGCUAUGUGGAAUCAGGCAAGGUGUUGGGUGUGAGCAGGAUGCUUAAUUUAAUGUGAGAAAAUAGAUGUGAGUUUGGAGUUAAAAUGUGCUUUUACUAGACAAGAGCAAUCAUUUACCUUCUUUCAAUGGAAAUGUAAAAAUGCUGUUAACUUGUGUUGCAAAUCCUUACCUUUGCACUCUCCAUGGCUUUUUCACUGGCUUUGCCAUCUAGUCCUUGUAGUUUUGUUUAUUGAGAUCUUUCUUGAUCUGUCUUGUUUUUGUUACAGAAUUUAUAAUUUAAUAAAACUACAUUUUAUCAGUAACAAUCUCA